ACCAAUAUAAAAUUUAUUUUGUUGAUCACUGGGAUCACUGUUUGUUAAACCAUAAAAAAUAGUGUUAUAAAUUUAAGAACUGUUAAGUGAUUUAAAAUUUUUACAUGAACAAUUCAGUGCCAGCAUAAAUUUAAAAAAUAAAUUCCACCUAAAAAAAUUAUCUGUCCAUCGCCUUAACAAUUUUCCGACUUUGUUAAAUAAAUUAAAUUAACUCCACUCGUCAAUGGGUUCAAAAAAUUACUAAAUAUAAAAAAAAAAUUACAAAAGUUUAUUUAUUAAAACUUUUAUGUCAUACAUUUAAAUUUUAGUUUGACAUUAAGUAAAAAAUGUUUAGUAUAAAAAAAGGUUGGAAAGCUCCAUAAUGUGUCAAUAGAAAAAUUCUAUUUUUGUAUUCAUCCCGUUGAUUCGAAUGACCCUAAUUAUCCACAAUAAAUAUAAGCCAUGAUAAAAUUAUUGGAAAAAGAUAAUGAAGUUGUGGCAAAUUUAAAUUUUUUUACUCUAUCAUUUAAAUUUUUAAAUUUAAAUUUUAAAUAAAAAUAAAAAUGUUUUGUUUUAAUGACAGAUUUAAAUUAAACAAUGAAAUAUUUAUAAAUAUAUAUAAAAAUAAAGUUAAAUUUAUGUCAUGGUUUGAUAUUUUAGUAAAACCACAAUUUAUAUCACGGAUAAAUUUUAUAAAUAAAAGCUCGUUGUUAAAAAGUGAUAAAUAUAAUAUAGUAAAUAUGAAAAGUAUCGUAUCAUUUUUAAGAUCACUCAUGUAUUUUACUGUUAUAUUUAUUGUUGUAAAUAUAUUGUCGGUGGCUGAUGCAUCAGAGCCACUUAGAAACCCCUAUGAAGUUUUGGGGGUAACGAGACACGCGACAAUUCAAGACAUAAGGAAAGCAUACAAGAAUCUUGUCAAAGAAUGGCAUCCAGACAAAACAGAUCAUCCGGGAGCUGAAAAUAAAUUCGUUGAAAUAACGAAAGCCUACGAGUUGUUAUCCGAUCCAGAAAGAAGAAGAAAAUUUGAUAAUCAUGGAAUAACUGAGGAACAUAUUUCAAGACCAAAACAAUCAAAUUACUUCCAUAAGACUGAUCCUCUUGACGAGUUGUUUAGUGGCGGUAAUUUUAAAUUUCACUAUCAAACUCGCGAUUUAUCAUUUUUUCACAAAAUGAGUAUUUCCUAUCGUACAUAUGAGAAUAAUGUUGUACCUAAAAGCUAUCGAACCCCGUAUUUUAUUUUGUUUUACUACGACUGGUGUUUCACUUGCUUUCAAAUCGAACCGACAUGGAGACGAUUGAUUGAUGAGUUGGAACCCAUUGGGGUUAAAUUGGUAACAGCACAUGCUGAGCGCGAGCCUUCAUUUGCGAGAAGAGUUAGCGUUCAUUCUGUUCCGUGUCUUGCUAUUACUUUGGACGGACGCACGAGUAUUUAUAAAGAUUCUUUGUUUAGCGAGAAAAGAAUUGUUGAAUUUUUACGAAAUAAAUUUCCAUACAAGCUGUUCCAAAACAUUAACGAUAAUAAUAUUGAUCAAUUUUUAUCUGGCUGGGUAGACAAUAAAAUCCGAGCUUUAAUAUUUGAAAAACGUGAUUCGCCUAGAUUACGUUAUCUACUUGUCGCAUUUCAUCAUCGUGAGCGAGUUGCAUUUGGAUUUGUUCAACUCGGCAAACCUGAGACCGAAGCAAUAGCAUUGAAAUAUAAAAUUCCAAAAGAUAUGAAUACUCUGUUAUUAUUCAAUGAAAAUUCCGAAAAACCAAUGGCUUCAGUCAGUAUGAAAGACAUAUCCAGCGAAACGAUGCAUAAUGUAAUAAAAAACAACAAUUACUUAACGUUACCUCGGCUUUCAAACCAAGCGAUGUUAGAUUCCGUGUGUCCGCCUGAAUGGUUGAAGCCGCAGAAACGAUUAUGUGCGAUUUUGGUGUCGCAAAAUAGUGCGAUCCAUGAUCUAGCACGACACAAAUUUCGUCAAGCUGCUAUGGAAUCACCCUACAGCACUGAGCGUGUAAGAUACACGUAUAUAUUCAAAGAAUCACAGCCGGAAUUCGUAGCAGCGUUGAGUGCAAGCGAAGGCAGUCCAAUGGAACCUCUACUGCACAUCGUAAUAAUUUGGCGCCGUGAUGUAAAUAAUUUGAAAUACGAGUGGCUGAAAACACAGUGGGUUGAGCCGACCCAAGAUGAAAACAAAUGGAACGAAUCGAGACGAAAUUUAGAACAGACGAUUCAAAGAUUGUUACGAAUUUCCGAAGCGUUGCCUUACGCAGCUAAAAUUGAAGAGCUGGCUGACGAACAUGCCCAGGGAACUGUUGAUAAAAUCAUUGGAAGAGCGCUACUGGCUGUUGACUACAUCUCUGAUAAUAUUUCCAAGGAACACGUUCUUCCUCUGAUAUCUGUAAUAGCGACCUUGGUAUUAAUCGGAGCUGCUGGCUACGGAAUGUCUUAUCUAGUUAAAUUAGAAGAAAUAAGUAUCAAAAUGAAGAAAGGCGACUACGAAAAUAAUUCUAAGCCACCGCAACUCUCCUCGCAAUUGCGGCUCCAUGAAUUGCGGGCGGAAAAAUACAACGGACUUGUACGGUUACUGAAACCUGGAUGCCGGACUAUUAUAUUGCUGGUGGACCACCAGAGCAGAUUGAAAUUAAUCCCGGCAUUUCACAAAGCGAUUUGGCCUUAUAGAAAAAAUAAAACGUUGAUGUUUAGUUAUAUGAAUAUGGAACGCGGAUUGAAUUGGUAUAAAAAAUUACUGUCGUUAAGUCUACCGGAUUUGAUCGAAUUGAAUAUUAAUCCGAAAAAUUGUGUUGGUACUGUUCUGGCAUUGAAUGGCCACCGUAAAUAUUUUUGCAUUUAUCAUGCUAAGCAUCCGGAGUGUAAUAAAGACAAAGAGUCAAAGCGCAUGGAACGGAUCACCAAACAAAUGAGCCAACGAUCUGACGAUGCAGAAGCUGGCGCAUUUAUAGGCUUUGAUAAUUCGAGUGAUUCCGAAAUCUCACAGGAUGAAAUGAAAAAUAAUCUUCCUGACCCAAACAAACCUUUAGCCGGUUUACCCAAUUGGCUUGAUAGAUUGUUCGAAGGCUCGACACAGCGCUAUCAUGUUAACUACUGGCCGGAUUUCACUGCCAAAUAAUAAAAAUAUAAUAAUAAUAAUAAUAAUAAUAAUAAUAAUAAUAAUAAUAAUAAUGGUAAGUAUUUAAACUUUUACUAUUAAAAUAAUAAAUCAGGUGUCUUGAUUCUAGUCAGUUAAGUGCUAUUAGUAUGACUAUUAAAAAGUGUUAUCAAUAAAACUAUAAUUUAAAUUCACCUUAACACCAUAACACACUCAUAAAAAAAUAUGAAUAUAAAUAAAACAAUUACGUUGUUAAAAAUCAUGUACCUAUUAUAUGUAUGAGCUUUACGUAGUCCGAUUUAAUUCAAAUCCGAGUCAUGAAAAUUAUAAUUUAUAAUAUAUAAAAAAUACCCAAGAUAUUCUUGAUUUUACGUAAUAGAAGUAAUUUAAUUAAUUAAUGGGAAGGCAUCAGUUGCCUACGUUGUUUUUGCUGAAUGUAUUAAAUGUUUGCAAUAUUUUUUCGUACUUUAUAAUUUCUUACUGCUCAGUUGGCUACUAAAAUUUAUUCUACGGUUCUAUUGCCUACGGAAAUAUUAAAUAUAUAAUUUAAUUGCAUAAAAAAAUAAUUGCACUGUCCUAUUGCCUACAGAAAAAUAAUUCAUGAUGUUCAAUUGAUUGCUAUUUAAUUGUGAACCCAAAUCAAAGAAAUACCUGAUUAAUGUAGACAAGCUCCUGAUUUUGCUGAGAAAAUCUUGUACUUGUUGAGGAGAAAUGACCAACGUUCAAGACCGAUCACUUGAUAAAAAAAACGCAGCUGGUCUGAAAAAUAUCAGAACCUCGGUAGUCUUCACAAUAGCAACUGGAAAACUUGACAGAGUUUUCUAUCAGAAAUUAGUGAGCUGAUCAGGUGUUUCCCUGCGUCGACUAUGAGAUUCAACCCAGUGUCUUAUUAUGGACAUGGCGAGUUGUACUUUUGUCAAGACUACCGCAGUUCUGAUAUUUUACAGAUCAAUCGUCUUUUUUUUAUCAAGUGAUCGGUCUUGAACGUUGGUCAUUUCUCCUCAACAAGUACAAGAUUUUCUCAGCAAAAUCAGGAGCUUGUCUACAUUAAUCAGGUAUUUCUUUGAUUUGGGUUCACAAUUAAAUAGCAAUUAAUUGAACAUCAUGAAUUAUUUUUCUGUAGGCAAUAGAACAGUGCAAUUAUUUUUUUGUGCAAUUAAAUUAUAUAUUUAAUAUUUCCGUAGGCAAUAGAACCGUAGAAUAAAUUUUAGUAGCCAACUGAGCAGUAAGAAAUUAUAAUGUACAAAAAUAUCGUAGGCAUUUUGUUAAGUUUCAUUAAUAUAAAAAAAUAAUAACAUUUCCUAUAUUAUUCAAUCAGAAAUUUUAAUGGACCAAAAAUUAUUAUUUUUUUUUAAAUUAUUGUAUUAUUUUAAUUUUUAAAUCAACAGUGGAGUCUAGUCAAGUCAUAAUAAAAUUUUGAUAAAAUUGAUUUCUUUUUUUUUUUUAAAUUAAAUUUGAGUGAAAACACGCAUCGGCAGUCACUAUUUUAAAAACUAUCGCACGUUCCCAAUAAUGGGAUAUUUAAAAAAAUUCUAUUUGUUAAGUAUUUAAUUAGUAUUAAAUAAUUGAAUAUUUACUGCAGUAUUUUUAAAAUAAUUAGACAUUUUUAAUUUAAAAAAAAAAUGAGUGCAAUUAUAUUGAGUUUUUUUGUUGUCAAUAAUUAUAAAAUUACGCCCAGUCAUAACUAUCGAAUUAAUGUUCUGCGUAAGGAAGUAUUUUAGUUUUAUAUCGCAUUGUCGUUAAUACUAAUCAAUAAAUUUUGCCAUAUUCACAAAAUAUGUAAUUAGAAUAAUAUUGUAAUAUCAUAGAAUUGCACAUUUAUUGACAAUCUUUAUCGUAUUAAGUCAAAAAAUUAUUUCAAGACAUUAUUUUAUAAAUAGCAAUGAAAUUUAUUUAAAAAAAAAAAAAAUAGUACAAAUUUCAUUUUUUAAAUUUUGUGUUUUCAAAUUUAAAUUUGCCGGUAGUGUCAAAAUUUUUUCCUUCAUUAGUUUCACUUGAUUUUAGUCACUAAAUAAUAAGCGAUAUUGAUAUUAUUAUUAUUAAAUUGUCCAGCCAUAAAAAAAUCAAAAUGAGGGACAAAAUGAGCCGCUUGAAAAAAAUUAUAAAAUUGAAGUAAUUUUUAAAAAUUAUUGUAGACUUUUUUCUACAUUAAAAAAAAAUUGUGUGAGUCCAUGAUGUGUUUAGUGUUAAUUGGUGCUUAGAAUAAAUUUUGAAAAUUAAUACUAAAUUAUUAUAAUUAAAUAUUGAAAUUUUGUCUUAAAAUUUUUCCGCUUGAUUAUUAAUUAAAAUUAAAAAAAAUUAAUUGCAAAAUUAUUUAGGAGGAAUUAUAAAUUAAUUAUAAAAUUUUAUGAGGCCCAAAUUGCCUCAGGUUUGUUUCGCUUACUUUUAGUGUUUGAAAAAAAUUUGUGUGGGCUCAUUUUGCACUCCCGCCUCUUUCCCUUCUAUACAUUUAUAAAAUAAUUAAGUGUAAAAAAAUUAUACGCUCUUAUUGUAAUAAAAUGGAUUAUCAAUUAAAAUAAAAAUAAAAGAAAAAUUGUUAGAUAGACAACUUAAUAAUUAACGAGUUCUCAAUCACAAUUUAUAGCAGUAAUUUUAUGGCAGCUAUAUUUUUUGGUUUAAUUUUAUUGGUAAAAAAAACUGAUUAAAAUAGAAGAUGGAAAUAUAUGUGAAUAUAUUAGGGUGGUCGUUAAAAAUUAAAUUUUCUCAGGUGCACCAUAAAAAGCUUGUUAGUGGAAAAAUACGAGGGUAAUUUGGUUUUUUCUUUUUAAGUAAAAAGAACACGUGCCUCAGGACGUCAAAGUUUAUUUUUCGAUGCAAUCGCGGUUUUUUUUAAAUAUCUCAUGAAAUAUGCAGAUUGAAGGAAAAAAUCAUAGGAACAAUUUUGUAGGAAAUUAAAUUCUUGACAAAAAAGGUCAUAUUCAUUUUUUUUAUAAAAUGUGUAUUUGUGAAGAUAUUUAGAAAAAACUUUUUUAGAUCUUAUCAAUUGAGCAUUGAAAGGAUUACGAAUGUUAAAAAUAACGUUUUUUCUUAAAUAUAGACAACUUCUUAACUCGUAACAUAUCAAUCAUUAAUGCUUGUUACAGUUUCUAUAUGCUUAGAAAAAUGUUAUUUUUAAAAUUUGUAAUCCUUCUAACGCUCAAUUCAUAAGAUCUAAAAGUUUUUUUAAAAUAUCUUCAUCAAUACCCAUUUUAUAAAAAAAAUGAAUAGGACCUUUUUUGUCAAGAAUUUAA